GGGAAACUGGGUGCGAAGAGGUGGGGCUGGAGGUCUGAACACCUAAGCAGCACGGCCACUAUGUGCCCUCUGAUUCUCAAUGGGAUCACCCUUGCAGGGGGGACAGUGGCUGUGCAGGGAGGGAGGAAAAGGGGUAUUAUUGGCUUCCUCCCGGGUCUCCCUUCCUGGCUAUUUUCCCUUCCUCUCUUUGCCUCCUCUGUAUUUGCAUCCUAGACCACAGCCCCCCAAACGGCCUGCUCUGGAAUUCAUCGCCUGCCUAUGGACAGCCAUCCCAGGACACGCCUGAUUUAUCAUUCUUCUGCCCCUCAGCCAAGACCACUCCAGCCCCUCCCCCAGGAGGCCCCUGAGGCCUCCAGCUGUCCUUAACCUUCUCCAGCCCUCUCUACCCCCGCCCCCCCCCACCACCCAGCACACACACACAUUCCCAGGGAAUUAAUAACAAUGUAUUAACUUCCGUCUCUAGCCCGUGGACCUUCCCUUGUUUGUGGAUGAGGUCUUUGAGAGCACUGUGGGGCUGCCCUGAACUAAACUGUGUUCAGCCUGACCAUUCAGUCACACCCGAAGGCCACAACUCAGUAGACAACCGGAAAACAAGUGCAAGUGAUGAUCAUCAGACUCCCGCACAUGAACUACCAGAACUUCACCUGAAACUGUUGAAGUUGGAACAGGAGAGUGAACGGCUGAGGAAUACUGAUGGAGCUCUCAGGGAAGAAAAUAUGCUUCUCAAGGAUCGGCUGAAGACGUCUGGCAUAAGACAACAAAAAAUUGAAUAACACGCUAGCAAAGGCACUGGAUAAAUUAAAGCUGUGUACUCUCCGGGCCAGCUAUGAUGCUGAAAUUUGCCAAGGCUUUGAAAAUCUUGUACCAGAGAGAGCAUGAACAAAGUGAAGGGGCAGUUCCUGAAGAUGAGACACACGCACCUGAGGAUGACAACCAGUUGCAUCUUUUAAUGAAAGACAGGCACAAAUGCUCAAGGACUUUGAGGAACUACUAGACUCCAGUCCCUGGAAGCUGCAAAAUGAUGUUGCUCUUAUAAUUCAAAAGAAGAGAGAAAAUUCAGUGCCUAGCAAAUGUUCAGGCUCUACUUUCCUAGAACAUCACUGAAGGUUAUUAAGCAAAUUAUUUUGUAUAGUUCAAAAACAUUUUCAAGCCCCCUCACUUUCUCUUUGUAUACUUGUCACACUGAAUUGGGAACUUCAAAGUUCUGUAAAGAUAAUGUAUUUCAAGACUUAUGCUGUAAAUUCAUCCUUGUUAACUGUGUAACACAAAUGAAAGGGGCCUGGGUUUAUUUGAGCUCGGUGUCCCUGUGUGAUGUGGAAGUUUAGGACUAUGAGUAAACUGAGGCUUGGAACUGCUUUCCAUGCGAAGGGGGCAAAAUGUGCUCUAGUCAGUGGCUUUGAGAACUAACUAACCUGAUCAAUUUCUGGAUCUUGAGUUCUGAAGGUAUUUCAGUUUCAUCAACUCCUACCAAUGCCUGUUGAUUCUUAAAAGCAAAGUGCCUUCCUAGGAGGAAGGAUUCAAACUCUCAUAGUAAGGCGCUGGGUGGAACUGCCGGGAAUUUGGUUUUGAUUCAAAAAGGGAAAAACUUAAGGGUACUACAAGGCAAGACGAGGUGAAGGGUGCUGGGGGUCAGCAUGCUUCCCUGCCGACCCCGGUAUUCCGAGACAAUGUAGAGGGCCUUGGGGUUAAAGAGUGACAGCAGUGAAAAAGCAGUUUGAGUCCCUGGUGCAUUGCCAAGGUGAUGAUGAAUGAGUAAAUGUCAGUCACCAACCAGGCAGGCCUUAACCACACAGAAUAUUCAUAUAUUCAGUAAAUGAACUAAGACAUCUGAUCGGCAACUCUUUAUUGAAUUCUCAAGCAAUGACUCAAAAACCCCCAAGUCCCAUUAAUCCAGCUCUUGAGAGAACUAUCCGAGGAACAAGGCAGCAUGUAAUAAUAACUAUCCACAAGUGCAGUGUUACAAAGCUAAGGCACAGUCAAGAGGCAGAGCAAAGUAUUGGUGAGGAGGUGGUUCUUAGGGAAAGGUAAAUUAACCCACUUCUCCCUCUACAAGUAGACUGUUUCAGUUAUGCAAUCGCUGAUAUAUACCCCUCACUUUGUCUUGCCAUCUCACUACCACUUAUUUAGAGCAAAUUAUCAUGGUUUGGGGAAAAAAAUCUCAGUAAGUGUAAUCCUUUCCACAAUCAAGAUUUGAAAUUUGUUAGUGCAAACUAGUUAGUGUA